CCAAUGAAAUCCAUUCGUCGCAUUUGUCGAAAGAAGACACCCAAUCAGCAUGGUGAGCCGGUUGUCCUUGAAAAUUAGCAUGAACAGAGAAUAAAUAUUUCUUCCCGGAGCCGAUCGCUACACACUUUGUUAUUCUAUCUUGAGUGAUCAUGCCUGAGCCAGCGAAGUCCGCACCUAAGAAGGGAUCCAAGAAGGCCGUUACUAAAACCGCUGUAAAGGGCGGUAAGAAGCGCAAGAGGUCCAGGAAGGAGAGCUAUGCUAUCUACGUCUACAAGGUCCUGAAGCAGGUUCAUCCUGACACCGGGAUUUCCUCUAAGGCCAUGGGGAUCAUGAACUCUUUCGUCAAUGAUAUUUUCGAGCGUAUCGCCGGUGAGUCCUCUCGUCUCGCUCACUACAACAAGCGCUCCACCAUCACAUCGAGAGAGAUCCAGACCGCCGUGCGUCUGCUGCUGCCCGGUGAACUCGCCAAACACGCCGUGUCUGAGGGGACAAAGGCCGUCACCAAGUACACCAGCUCCAAAUAAAUCUGUUGAAGCUUUCAACACCACAAAGGCUCUUUUAAGAGCCACCCAUUUUAUCGGUUAAAGAGCUUUCUAUUUGUUUUGUGAAGUUUCACUU